AUGCCUUGGGGUCUCCUGGCGCAUGGAUUCCUCGGCUCUUCCGCCUCUUCCUGGGCACUCCGCUUCCUUUCGUGCUUGCGCCAAGCUGUCUCGGACACGCUCGCGCUCCAGCCCACCCGCACUUUGGACUUCUUGCCGGCUGUCCUCUCUGGCUCCGAGAACCGCCCACUUCUUUCUCAGCCCUGGGACCGCGAUAGUUUCGUGCCCUGGCUCCGCGACCUGCUCAGCCAGCACUGGUCGUUGCACUCCCGCGAACCGUUGCCUUCUGUUUUUUCCCUGAUUGCUGCACAAUCUCUCAAAGCCACCAUGCUCAGUUGGGCUCGUCAGCUCUCCAUUGAGUCUGACACCCGCCGCAUCCAGGGACAUCAUCGUCUCUCGGGGGCCGACCGCUCCGUCGCUCUUUAUUCUCGCGACGAUAUCAUCCCUAUGGUUCGCCUGCAAGCUCGUGUGGUCGCUGCCUUCCGCAAUGGGUUUCGUCCACUGCAACCUCUUGGCCGUGGUCUUGAGGCUCCCGUGCCGGAUUUCCCCGUGGUGCUUCCCUCGGGCGUUCUUCCUUCUCUGGACUCGGCUGCCUUGCCGCCUGACUGCCUCCCUGACAUCUCGGUCUCGCCCCUGGUCGCAACCCCUCCUCCGCCUGCGGUUCCUCCCCCUCCUCUUCCGACUACACCGUUGCCUUCUGGACCGCCUGCCGACGAGGAUUUGGUUUCGUUAUCCUCUGAGGAGUCUGAUGCUCCGCCCGCAGAGCAGGAGGACGUCGACGACUGGGAGGCUGACGUGGUCGAAAAAGCGGCCAUCAAGGCUGCUGCUUCUGCCCC